AUGAGUGUGACAACUGAAACAGUGGACGUGAACAUCCUGCACCUCAGUGUUGAUGAGGGACACGCACUGAGUGACCAAUUACGGAGUUUCUGGGAAACAGAAUCGCUGGGAAUUACGGACAUCAAACAGAACCCAGAGACCGACGCACUGUGGAAGUUCGAACAGUCUGUGAAACAUCAUGAAGUUGGACGCGUAUGGAUGCAAUAAUUACUGAUGCAUGUUUCCAUGGAUGUGUCCUUGAUACCCCAAGCUGCUCCUGGUGGCAUGGUGGGUGUGGAUGUGUUCAAGAAGGACAGGCCCGCCUUCUUUCAGAACCUCAGCUGGUGUUCCCCAGGUCUAGCGGUGCAUCAGAUCAUCACCAUCACUGUGUCCCUCAUCAUGGUGGUCGCCGCCCUCAUCACAACACUCGUUCUCAAGAACUGCUGCGUCCAGUCCGGUGGGCGUCACCACAGCGUGCACCAGCGUAAGAUCGCGCACCAGCAGGAAGAGAGCUGCCAGAACCUGACGGCCUUCACGCCCGCACGCGUCUCCAGCAACGCUCACCUGGACACACACUCGCAUCUCGACACACACUCACACCUGGACGCACACUCACACCUCUUCUCAGCAGCAUACGCAGACAGCCUCCCUAGGCCACAUGACUACGCCCGCACGGCGAUCCCAAUCUACACAGACGAGAUGAUCCAACACACACCCAUAUACAAGACCAAUUACAACGGCAGCAGGAGUGUUUCGUCUCCCAGCGAGAGGCAGCUGAUUCCUGUGGCCUUCGUGUCGGAAAAAUGGUUUGAGAUCUCCUGCUGAACCGCCCAGGGCCACUGGGCAACCAAUGACGGCAGGAGACUCGACUCGCCGGACAGGACGGCAGCCAAUGACAGGACAGGACAGGACAGCAGCUUUUUUUCCCACGAGAGCCAAUGAAAACGACUGCAGAUUUCUUACAAGAGCCAAUGGGAGAGAGAAGAGAACAGGAUUUCUGAUUUCUACAGGAAAGGAGCACGCUCUCUCUGGAACUGAAAAUAGAGAUUUUAUUUUUCUAAUCGAAUUGCAGAGCAGAGAGCAGCUGUGCCUCCACUAGCUUCGUAUUUUCCAUAGAGUUACAUACGGCCACU